UUUCUCUUCCUCCUCCUGUCUGCCAGUGUUUCCCUUCUUACAAGCCUUAAAACCCCCACUACUCCCAUGAAAUGAAUCAGGCCCCACUUCAAAUCUUUCUCAAAACCCUAAAAAAACCCUAACCAUAACACUAAAUCAUGUUCAUUCCAAAGCCCUUUUCUUCAAAAACCCUCCUUUCACUCACUACAAAACCUCCCUCUUCUUCACAAUUUUUAUAUUCUAUUUUCAUCUCUCACUUCUCAACGUCAUCACUAACACCUCGCCACUCUCACUCUCAUUUUCAUUCGGAAUCGAAAAGUGUUAGGGUUUCAGUGUGGUGGGAUUUUGAGAAUUGCCAUUUGCCAAGUGGGGUUAAUGUCUAUAGAGUUUCUCAAGCUAUUACUGCAGCUGUUAGGGGUAAUGGGAUUAAAGGGCCUAUUCAAAUUACAGCUUUUGGUGAUGUUUUGCAACUUUCAAGAGCUAAUCAGGAAGCACUUUCUUCAACUGGGAUCAACUUGGCUCACAUUCCUAAUGGUGGAAAGAACAGUGCUGACAGGUCUCUUCUCAUUGAUCUUAUGUGUUGGGUUUCCCAAAAUCCACCACCUGCCCAUCUUUUUCUGAUUUCUGGUGAUAGGGACUUUGCAAAUGUUCUACACCGGUUGAGGAUGAACAACUACAAUAUAUUGCUUGCUACUAAAGAUACUGCCCCAAGUGUUCUCUGCAGUGCUGCAAGCAUCAUGUGGCUGUGGAAUUCUUUGGUCAAAGGGGAAAACCUAUCUGGAAGGCAUUUUAACCAACCCCCUGAUGGUCCCUAUGCCUCUUGGUAUGGCUAUUAUAAGGGGCCUCUGGAAGACCCCUUCGCUGUUGUUGAGCAACCAAUAUGUUCAAAGGUCGAGGACAUGCCUGAGGCUAGUUCAGAGCCUGCAGUCCGUCCAAUUCCAAAAGCAGUUAUGAAGAAAAUUUGUCACAUUUUGAGUUCAUGUCCUAAAGGAAUGUCAAUUACUGACCUUCGAAUAGAGUUGAUGAAAAGUAAGGUGUCUGUCGAUAAAGACUUGUAUGGGUAUAAAAAGUUCUCCCGCUUCCUUUUAUCCAUGCCACAUAUAUUGAAGCUCAAGGACAAUGGUGAUGGUCAGUUUAAUGUACGUGGUGUCACUGUAAAAGCUCCCGAACCAUUUCAGCCUGGUCUAUGCAAGUCUACACCUACUGCUAUUGACAAUGGAAGUCAACCCAUUUCCAGUUCUUCAAAGUCAAAUAGUGAGGAAAUUUCUGUUUCUGGACCUGUGGAUGGGAAGUUGUCAUUGCCUUCAUCUCCUAAACUAAAUUUGGAAGCACCGCCAACAAAAGUGCAACAACCCUUUCCUCUUAAUGAGAAUGCUGUCAAAAUGCAUACUCAACAACUUCCAAAACAAAUGGAACAGCUCCAACAGGCCCAGCCUCCAAAACAAAUUGAACAGCCCCCUGCGGUUGCUGAAAAGGUUGAAAUGGUUAAUGCCAAGGUAAUCAAGGAUCAUCUGCCUGCUGUGAAAGAACCAGUUUCUGCAUCUGAAAUGGGUUUUUUUAGGAAAUUCUGGAGAAGAUUGUUUGGUGGCAAGGAUGAUGAUUCAAUGUUGGAAAGUGAUAAUGCUCUAGUGGAAUCUCCUGUUGAUAGCUUGGUGAAGAAAAAUGAGUACACUUUGGAAGAAUGUGAUCCUUCUGGUGAGAGCCCUCAAGAGAAAGUUGAGAAGAAAAUUGUAAAAGCUCCAACUCAGGGUGAUGAUUUAGUGCAUCCCAUUGUGGAACCAACUUUGGAGAAUAAAACUGCUAUACGUUCUGAACUACAUGGUGAAAUGCCAAAAAAAAAUCCAGGUUUAUUUAACCGGAUUUUGAAUUGGUGUAAAUUGCAGGGAAAUAGUUCAGAUACAUCAAAUGAUCAACCCACCGAAAUACCUGACCAGAUAAACAGUCAUGCAGGAAAAACUGAGGUUUUUUCUGAGCAUUCGUUUUGGAGAGAGAUGAAAUCUUUUAUUGACACGAAGAAGGGAUCCCUCCUUAUCUCACAAUCAAGGACCAGGGAACAGAUAGCACGAAAUCUGCUGAAGGAAGGACCUUUGGUUCUUAGAUCUCACAGUGAAAGCAAUGUCCUUCAACUGGUGGAUAUGAUAAUAUCAGAGAAGAAAUGGGUGGAAGAAUUUCCAUCUGAAGCUUUCCCUUUCAAGCUCACUCGGUUUGCUGCACAGAGUACUGUGGGUGAUUCUCCUGCUUCAAAUGGACUGAGUUCUAUGUUUUUGAGCUCCCUAUCACAGUCUAACUUGCAGAGACAGCCAGGACAUGAAGGGGAUAAAAAGAUUCAGAACAUUUCUCACACUGGAGUGUCCUCACCUGUCUCUGAUGAAAAGCCUUCUGCAAGGUCUAGAAGUGAGAUAUUAGGUGACUGUCAAAAGCUUGUGAAAGAGAUAUUGAAGGAAUUUCCAGGAGGAUAUAAUAUGGGCAGCUUUAGAAAGCUGUUCCUUGAGAGGUAUGGCUAUAACCUCAAUGCCAAAAAGCUCGGUUACCCAAAGUUGGCAUCCUUGCUUCAGAUAAUGCCUGGGGUAGAAAUAGAAUCCAAUUAUAUUAUUCCUAGCAAUGAAAUGGCUAAGCGGUCAAGCGUGGGUAGAACUGUUCUUAAUAAUACUUAUCCUAGAUCAGCCAGUUCAGACAGUGAAUUAUCGGAUGCAUCAAAGAAGGAUGAUGAAUCGGACUCUACAUGGGAAGAACUUGGUCCUGUUGACAAUUCUAUUUCUGGCAAAGAGGCAAACGAAUCAGUGUCAAGGAUGAAAGGAAUAGGUGAAAGUGUGAGGCAACCAUCCCCUGAUUAUGAAUAUCCUCUCUCAGAUGAUGAAUUUUCAGAUUCAGAAAAGGAGUCUGGGAAGGUAACUCGGCCUGGAGGGAAAGCAAAGCCUGCAUUUAAAGAUGUAAACAGCGCAUUACUGCAAAUGCUUGAUUCAUGGUACAGCAGUAAUGAAGUUGAUAUUAAGAACAAGCCAGAAAAUCCGAAAAGCAUGCUUGAUUCGUCCCCAAAUGGUUUCCAGUCAUCUCAUUCUUCUGUUGCCGAUCUGGUUGAGAAUAAAAAUGAAGUGGUAGUUGACAGCAUAUUAAGUAGUUUGAAGAAAUCAAAGAAGCCUAGGAUGGGAGCUUGAUUGUUCUCAAGGACUAAACGCAACCAGGGUCUUCUUCCUACGGAUUGUUAGCACUUACAGAGGUGAGAUUCAUUCUAUUAGUAUUUAUCUGGGAGUUCUAGACACAAGCUGGGGCUAUAUACGCUUUAGUUCCAUUCUUUUUUUGCAGAAAGUGCUACCAAGGUUGGAUAAUCGAUGCCAUGGAGAGGCUCAAUUAAUUUUUGUGAAUGAGGAGCUAUUUUCUUCCUCAUUUAUCUGAUAAAUCUCGGAUCACAGUCUAUACACGCAGCCCUUUAGUUUCGUUCAUGCCUUUUCCUUUCCAGGUUGAUCAAUAGGGUUUUUCAUCUGGGAAGGACAUAUUGUGCUUGAGAUUAUGAUAUGAGAAAGGGCCUUGUCGUCGGGUGCUUGAGAUUAUGACAUGAAAAAGGACCUCAGGUCACUGAGGACAUAUGUCCUCUCGAGACUUGAGAGUUCAAGGUCAUUACGCAAGCACAUGUGCCCUGCUAACGGAGGAUUGACUUCAGGUUUGUUUA